AUGCAAGUCGUCACCCAUCUCCACAAGCCUUCCACGCAGCUUCAGUCCGCCGUCCUCCCCACCUUCCUCGACGCUGAGCACCCGUCCCUAUGCAUCGUAAAGCACAGCUCCCUCGACUUCCUCCUCCUUCCCUCUGCAGAGGGUAGCCGUCGGGCAACCCAGGAGCCUCUGGGAAAGGUCGCACACGUCGAUGUCAAUGCUCGCAUCCUCGCAGUCUCCCCCUUCACAGCGCACGGUCGGGAGCGACUGGCAAUACUCACAGACCAUCAUCAGCCCCGCCUUUUGGUCCUCGAAGCUCAUCCACACGCUUCAGCUGGGCAAGAUGCAGCAUUCAACAUCGUCUGCAAUGCCACAAUACUCCUCGAUGAGAUGGCUAGGCUGCCUGCCGAGCUAGGACUGGGAGUGUGGACUGUCAGUAACGGUGGCCGGCAGGCAGUGGUAGCGCACACCCAUUCUGGCAUCUUGCGAGUAUUGCCGACUGCAGAAGUCGAAGCAGAGCAGCAGUCGGAAUAUGCGUCAAAGGUAUUCUCGGCAAGGCUACCGCAUCCCACCAUUCUGUCACUCGCACCCAUUGAUCGUCCUCAGAGCGAAGAUCUCACCAUUGCGCUGCUUUCUAUCUCUUCGACGCCUUCCAGCUUGCCAGGUCUGGGCUCGCAGUGCCUACCGGUGCUGUCCUUCCACUCCAUUGACGAAGCCAAGCAUGACCUAGUACCUCUACCAUGGGGCGGUCCUGAUCGCAAGGUGCCACCUUUGAUCGAGGAAUUCAAGACUGGUACCUCUGGUGCCGAAGCCAGUGGCAGCGGCAGUCAGUCGGCGAAGAACAAUGGGCCUCAAGCUAAAGGCAAGACGUUUACGCCAGAAGAAAUUAGAGCUCGAGAGCAGAAGCUGGCCAAAUCAGCAUUGGGCCGCUCGCACGUCCCACUGCCCUUCGCCGACGCUUUGGGGGCUCACCUCAUCACUUCGCUCCCCGCGAGCGCUGGUGGCGGCGUCAUUGUCUGGAGUGAGACCUCCGUUCUGAUCGUACCACCACCAGCACCGCAAGGGGCGAGUGAGGGCCAGGAAGCGGGUCAAGAGAGUCCAUCCACGGCCCGAGGUAAGCGAAGGAAAGCAAGCGUCACUUCGCCAGGAGAGCGUCGAGCUAGUCAGAGUUCUGCCAAGGGCAUCCCACCGCUCCCUAGCUCUGGCAGUGGCUCAGCUCUCUCGACUUCGCCGGACACGGCCAUCGUGGCACAUUCUCCCUCUUCUCAAGCCAACGAGCACGGCAAAAGGCGCAGAAGUUCGGCGAAGAAGAGCUCCAUCUCCAUUGCGGCAGGGGCUCAGCCGGAGCCUUUGGACACUCUGUCCAAUGCGCCUUCUGACACGAGGAGCAAGAUGCUACGUCUCGUUCUCCCACGUCCGGUACAAAUUACAUCAGCAGAGAUCGUCAAAGAAGGCGAUGAGGCAGUGGUGCCCAACCAGACAGGUGGAAGAGCGACUCUCAGCGUUCUGUUUGCUACGAUGGCUGGCUCCUUGAACAUGCUAGAGAUCUCUCUAAGCCGUCAAGACAAGAGUGAGUCCUGGCGCCCAAGGUCUAUGAAAGCAACCAAGAUUGGCGUUACGCCUCGAACAUCCGGUCCCGGCUCUCUCACGUAUCUUGGAGAAGGCUACGUUCAUGCUGCUAGUGCCAGCGGCGACUCGUCCAUCGUUCAGCUUCUAUCGGAGUCUAGUGGCGCUCAAAAUGACGCAUCGAACGACACCGUUGACGAUGUUGAAAUGGUCAGUCCUCCCGUAUCGCCCAUCAAGUCGUCUUCCCAGCGCAAGCUAUCAACAAGUGCUGGACCAAGUAUCUCGACCGCUCUAGCGCACUCCCAAGCACUUGCUCAAAACAAGUUCGAUGCCGAUUUGUCCAGCUCUACAACAGUUGCGAUGCGUUCCAUCAUGACCUUCCCAUCUUUGGCUCCACUCCUUGACUUUUUCAUUGACGGUGACGCCAAUGCUCCUUCUGGUGGCACUCAAGCAAGAAUCAUCGCUGCUUGCGGAAGUGGUCCCGAUGGAGCGAUCGCUGUCGUCAAGAACGGAGUGAGCAUGGAGGAGUUGGGCUCACUAGGCGUGUCUGACAUUCGCAAGCUCUGGAGCGUUGAUCUGGGGACAUGCGUGGGCAUCGUAUGCGGCUUUGCAGAGCAUACACAAGUUCUCGGCUUAGGAGCCGAGGGCGUGAUAGACGUGAGCGAUUCUACGGGUCUCGAUCUCUCAGUCAAGACUAUCGAGGCCGCAAGCCUGGGGUCAGGCAUAUGGGCUCGGGUGACCGAGGACGCCGUGUCCGUCGUUUCGCCUAGUGGAGUGACGUCAACUUGGUCGCCGUCGCAAAUGGAAGGCUCGGUAGUCGGCAACACAAAGAUCAUCGUGGCAAGCUUUGACCCGGCCUCUUCUCAGGUCCUGCUGGCUCUCAAAGGUGGACAUGUUGCUCUUCUGACCAUUCAGGGAGAAGGUAUUGCAUUGACGGCGAGCGCUUCCCUUGCAGGGGAGGUCUCGGCUGUCAGUCUUGCGCACGGCAUCGCUGCUGUUGGGCAAUGGAAGACCAAUUCCGUCCGACUGUUGAGUGCGCCGGGCUUGGAAGAUCUCACACCCAGCUCGAUGGAAGAAGAAGAGGGAGACUUCGGCUCUCUCCCUCGAAGUCUUCUGGUGCAUUCCUUCGACGAAGAUGACGGCGAUGCUUCACAAAAGCAGCUGUACCUCCUCAUUGGUCUUGCUUCUGGAGCGGUCGUUGCGUGCGCUCUCGCGUUGCCUACAGCAGAUUCGAUCUCAAAGUCCAUUGGUGUCUUUGACAGGAAGAGUUCCGCUUUUGGUCUCCAGCCGAUCCGGUUACUGCCGUUUACUACCACACAGGGGAGACGAGCCGUCCUUGCGAUCAACGGAGAGACGCCAACUGUGAUUUGGGCGGAGAAGCGCCGAUUGAUCUUCUCUGCUGUCAGCUACCCGUCUGUCAUGGCCGCUGUUCCCAUCAGCAUCCCAGGUGCUGAGCCCACGCUCGCCUUGGCUCUGCCGGAUCGCAUUCAGCUCACGUCCAUCAAGGAGAUUGGCAAGCUAGAGAUCAGCAAAACACAUCUGGGUCUUGACAAUCCAACGGCGAUUGCCGGAUUGGGCAGAGAUGAUAGAGGCUACCAUCGCUACUUCGCCGUUGUCACUACCCCCUUCAGGCCAGAAGGCAACUCGACGAGAGAGUCUAGGCCGUCCAAAGUCAUCCUUUUUGACAGUGUCACCUGUGAGCCACUGAGCUCUAUAGACCUAGAGCCUCGAGAGCGUGCUGGAUGUAUCGGCAUGAUGCAGGUCGACGGUGAAGAGUACUUGGUCGCCGGAACAGGCUUUGUCGACCCUUAUGAGAGCGAGGUCUAUUCAGGAAGGCUGAUCGGCUUCGCCCUCAAGGACCCCAGCGGUGGGGCAGACGACAAGGACGAAGCGGUGAACAUGCAGCUCGUGCAAGCCUUCGAGAAGCAAGUAUCUGGCAAUGUCUACGCGGUAACUUCGCUUCUGGGCAAUAGGCUGGUGGCUGCCAUCAACUCAGAAGUAAUCAGCUACUCGCUCGAAGAUCUGCAAGCCUCAAGUGGUGGUGGCGCAAUGGAGGUCGACUCUAGGGAACCGCAGAUGCGACUUCGUCAGCACUCCAGAUGGGGAUGUGCCUUCAUCGCCUGCACCCUCUCCCCCAUAGCCGACGAGCCACAGCGCUUCCUCGUCGGUGACGGUCUGCGCUCUCUCUGCGUGCUUCGCGUUGACGCUGCUACGGGUGCCCUGAGCGAAAUUGCCCGCGACUGCGAUCCCUUCUGGACAACGGCGUGCUCCUCAUUAGACUCCAAGUCACAGACCUUCAUCGGAGCCGACAUCAGCUUCAACCUCUUUACGGCACAACGCGCCACGCUAGCUCCAGAGACGAAGCGACGAAUCGAGCGCGAGGCGGAGAAGCGUCGGGAGCGUGCCGAGAGGGGGGAGGGCAGUGCGGCCUUGGGUAGCUCGAAUGAUCCUCCCGUGCUGAAUGUGGACGAUGAAGUCGAGGGAGAGUGGAGUCACAUCAUGGAGAGGAGAGGAGCCUGGCACUAUGGUGAUCUUAUCAACCGCUUCAGAGAGGGAUCACUGGUCGCUAAGGCCACCACUGGCACAGCUACGGGUUCGGGCAGUGCAGCAUCGACGACGACCACUGCGGCAGGGGCGGCCGCACCACCCAUCGACCCCCGUCUGGUCUUUUGCACAUCGUCUGGUGCACUAGGAAUCAUUUCCACACUAGACGAAUCCGCCAGUCAGGUCCUCUCGCAGGUAGAACGCAAUCUCCAAGAAUACCUCAGCGCCCCCUCCUCGUCCGCCUCCAGCUCUCUCGCUCCUCUGGGCGAAAUCUCCGCACGCGAAUACCGCACCCUCCGUACCGACCACCGCACCGCCGAGCCUGUAGGGUUCAUCGAUGGAGACGUCCUUGUGGGAGCGUAUGCGCUCGGGCUAAGCGAGACGCAGAAGCGGGAGGUGCUGGAUGAUGUGAUUGGUGUUGCUGGAGGGGGAAUGGGAGAGGGUGUGGGUGUGGGUGUAGGGAAGGUAGAGGCGUCCAAGGAGGUCGUUGAUGAACUGGUCGCGGCAUUGAGUCGGGUCUGUUAA